AUAACAUUAAAUGUAAAAUAUUUGAACAGAAUUUUUAUUUAUUUUAAAACUAGACAGCAAAAAGUUGGUCGCGACAGAAAAAAAAGAAAAAUGUUUUUGCUAAAGAAGCUGAUGUUGUUAAAACUAAUGGAAACAUUUUGUCAAUCCAUUACAGGUGAAUUUGUGGAGCCCAAUUUUUGGCUGGACAUGGAGAAGUUUAACGCUGAAGGGGUUGUUUAUUCAAAAAAUGGAACAAUUAACAAUGGAAAAAUACUUUCUGGAACUUUCAUAGAAUAUGACAUCCCGCUAACCACGAACGUUGCUUAUUUUAGUGGCAAGAAAAGUGGGAUCCUAGUUGAUAAUUUGCAAAACACAUGCUUCUUAAAACCUACGACCUGCAGUACCGGAUACACUCUAGCGUUCUGGAUUAAAUGGACGGAAGGAAUGUCAUAUAUAUUCAGUUCGAGUGCUUUCAACAUAAAACAUUUUACGCCAAAUGUUCUGCCGAUUGAAGUUUGGGAUGGUUCCAAUUCGUGGAACAUUUUUCAUGACACCUCCAGCUUGUUUAAUCGAACUGAUGCAGGCGGAAAUCCCGACUGGCAUUUUUAUACAAUCAGAUGGAACAAAACAUGUCUUACUGUGUUUGUCAAUGCGUCAGAAACAAAUACAUAUUGUGCGACCAAUUCGUAUACAAUAUUAAUUGAAGGAUUACCAGUUCCAAACCGAUUAGCUAUAGGAACAACUGCCGAAGAACCACCUCCUGAUGAAGGGGUGGAUAUUAUGGUUGAUGAUGUCAUGAUAUGGGACACACCUUUAUUGAUAACUGACAUAAAUUCGACAUUUCAUGCAGGUUUAAACAAACCGAAACCUAAUUACCAAGCCAAGUUUUACAGAGCAAGGAUUGGUUCAACCAAAAUAGACUUUAAGGAUCAUGCUUUAGAAGGACAAGUAUUUGAUAAAAAACUCGUUUCAAAUGUGAACGAAUGCUUCGUUUUGUGUCAACAACAUGGGGAAGCUUGCCAUUCUUUUAACUUCCAAUAUAAAGGAAAUACCGAAAGCAAAUUAUGCCAAAUCAACUCAGUAAAUAAAGAUGAAGUACACACAGGAUUUCAUGGCAAAGAUGGUUUUAUAUACUUCGACAUCAUUUGAUUUACAUGCAGCAGCAAACUUCUCUCGUCCUUAUAAUAAUUGCGAAAUUAACUCAAUGUAGAUAUGUAAAUUUUAAAUAUUAUGUAAAUAAACAUUCACUUACGGAGAUACAAAUGCACUUGAACUUUCAUAAAGAAGAAUGUAGAAGAAAUACAGAUCUGAAACAAAUUCAAGAGCACUAGAACAAUCUAAAACAAAGUUGAUCAACGUUUUUUUAUAAGCAACAUCUUAUAACCAACAUUAGACUCCGAUCUUUAAAAAAACAAAGCAAUGGGUAACAAAAUAGCCCGGCCCUUGCAAAAUCACGCCUAUUUUCCAUUGUGCACUCAGAUAACUUUAUUAACUUUUCAUAUUCAUUAAAUUUACACCAGUUGUGUAAUAUGAGAUUACCUUUUUUUGUGUCGUUCCCACUAGUUUCUCAUGGAUUUUGUUAUAGCAGCAGCGACAUUCUUAUGGACUAUUUCUAAUUUCAACAUUUUGCGGGAAUAGUGUAAUAAUGCAAAUUUUACAAAACCCGAAAAAAUUUCCGCAAAUAAAAUACAUAGACAAGUUUUUUAAUUAUCAUAGAUAAACUUUGAAGACCAAGAAAGGUGGGACAAAAUCAUUUAUUUUCCUCAAAAAUUCAGAGUUUUAAGUCUCUAUCAUAAAAAAUAAACUGUAUUUUUACGCAAUAGCUAACUUUUCGAACUUACAUACAAUACAUCUGAAUAAAAUUAUAGACUUUACAUGCAGUUUUUACAUUACUAUUAUUCUUAAAAAGUAGCAACUUAAUGUCCGUAAAAUCUAUUUUGGAAUUUCAUUUCACAAAUCUUGUUGUAAAAUUAAUGAUUCGAAUAAUAACUUGUGAGAUGGUACAAUAAACCAAGCAGUUCAAACAUUUCGUUAGUUCAACAAUGUGAAUUUAACAUCUGAAUUUUCUAAACAUAUUUCUAAACUUUCUGCUUUGCUCAAGAUUAUUAAAAAAUGCUGAUGGUGGAUGUUCUGAAAAAGAACGAAUAUAUAUUUCAAAAAAUGUUUUGAGGUCUUCUGAUGUGGAUGUGUUAGUAAAACCUUUCCUGUAAAACCAUCAAGUAAAAAUUCAAAAUCAGGCUGGGAUCUGCUUGUGUGAAAAACA